AUGGUCGACCUUCCUGCACUGUCUGCCUUGUUAUCGGGAUGGUUUAUAGGUCCAAUAUAUGGCGCCAAUGUCGUGAUCUCGAUCAUCAUAGUGCGAAAGCUUUGGUCACGUCGCAUGACAGAUAGGGUAUCCCAGGCUUUGAUGCUGAUAACCACUCUCUUCCUAUCCACCUGCACUGCGCACGCAUUCAUAUACCUCGACGAUCUCAUAUUCGGCUUCACAUCACUACAUACUGGAGCCAACAGUCAUGCUUUGGAACAGAAGGAAGACCCAGCUGUCCACGGUUAUUUCGCAUCCGCGCGUUUCAACUUCCUUGCCUGUUUCUUUCUGUAUGGGUUCAAUGCUUUCUUCAACAACACGUUCAUUGUUUGGCGCGUCUAUAUAACGUGGAGACGCAAUGUUCUUCUCGCGACGGUCCUUUCGUUCAUGCAUGUUGCCGGCUUCGGUAGCUGUCUUUCUCUGCACCGUAUGAUACGAACGGACAACCUCUGGGACGUCGUCAUCAGGGCGCUGUUAACCUCGACAUACGUCUUAUCCAUGGCCACCCAAGUCUCAGGCGCGCUUCUGAUAGCGUGGCACACGAUGAAUACGCCCAAGGUCGUUAAGAGUGAUGACCAAUCAAACCUUCUUCAGGCGAUCUUCUUCGCUCUGGUUGAAUCGGGAAGUUUGGCGCUUGUGGUAGAGCUAUUGGGGAUCAUAUUUCUCUGGAAUCGCGACUGGUGGGUCGACUGGAUAUUCAUAGCGGUACUUGCUCAGAUAUCUGGUUUGUCGUCGUUGGGCAUCAUCCUGCGCGAGAUAUACAAGGCAGAGAGUGAGCUUUCCGGUGGAUUCGCGAACGUCACGAGCGCACUGGUCAUGCAAAUGCCGGGAUACACACUUCCCCGCUACUGUGCGCAUGACUCAUCCAAUUCGUCGGACGAUGGAGAAGUGCAGGAUCACGCUGUCAUGGUUGCCAUCGAGACGUCUCGGGUCGAUGACAAGGAGGCGAAACUGCGGUAUCCCUCGCCAAAUCCAGACAGAAGUACCAUCGUAUGA